AGGCUGCGCGAGCUUGGACCGCUAUGAAGCCCUGAACUCGGACUCCCGAGAGGGCUCGCUCGCUCCUACCGCAGUCUGUGCGCCCAGAAGCCUGGCGGGGGCGGCUACAUUGUGUCUAUUGUACUGGCUCUUCCCUCCCCCUCCCCUCCCCUCCCCUGGUGUUAUUUUGUGCAAUUCACGGGAGGUUUAAAUCGAGAGUGAAAAAAGCAUGGCCGAUGAGCAGGAGAUCAUGUGCAAACUUGAGAGCAUCAAAGAGAUCAGGAACAAGACUCUGCAGAUGGAAAAGAUCAAGGCCCGCUUGAAGGCAGAAUUUGAGGCACUGGAAUCGGAGGAAAGGCACCUGAAGGAAUACAAGCAGGAGAUGGACCUGCUGCUGCAGGAGAAGAUGGCUCAUGUGGAGGAACUGCGACUCAUCCAUGCAGACAUCAACGUAAUGGAGAACACAAUCAAACAGUCUGAGAACGACCUCAACAAACUUCUGGAAUCUACCCGCCGCCUGCACGAGGAGUACAAGCCGCUGAAGGAGCACGUGGAUGCCCUGAGGAUGACUCUGGGCCUGCAGAGGUUGCCGGACUUGUGUGAGGAGGAAGAGAAGCUCUCCCUUGACUACUUUGAAAAGCAGAAAGCCGAGUGGCAGACGGAGCCCCAAGAGCCGCCCAUCCCAGAAUCCUUAGCUGCAGCCGCAGCUGCGGCACAACAGCUGCAGGUGGCCCGGAAACAGGACACCAGGCAGACGGCAACGUUCAGACAACAGCCUCCUCCUAUGAAGGCCUGCUUAUCAUGCCAUCAGCAAAUCCACCGGAAUGCCCCCAUCUGCCCCCUGUGCAAAGCCAAAAGCCGUUCUCGGAACCCCAAGAAGCCCAAGAGGAAGCAGGAUGAAUGAGAAGCAGAAAAGCUGCUGCCCACCCUUGUGAUCCAGCCGUCCCCCCCCCCCCCACUUUCUGGUAGAACUGUCAGUGUGACCAAGAAUUCAUCGGAGUGCAACUGCGAAUGAAAAGCAUUGUUUCUGUUUGACGUGACGUAAGCACAAUGGUUUUGUUUGGUCCUAAUCUCCCCCCACUCUAGUCUUUGAUCUUUUGCUUUCUAGGAAGACAAGUGCUGAUGAUGGUGCUACACACGUAAUGUGUCUGUCAUCCUGUCUUUUGGACUCUGCACACCAGCAGAACCUGCAUCAGUCUAAGCUGAAGGCAGAAGGACGUUUCAUACCAAGAAAAUGAAAGGUGCCCUUGAUCCAAUUAAAGAUACACCUUUUGCUGUUUAGUAAACGGAUCAAGCACUUUUUUCUACUCAACUUGCCAAAAUGUUGUCGUCAUUUUCUACAUUCUGUUGGUUUUUCUAUUUCUACAGCAUUUCUGUGUUCGGGCUCAAUGCUAUCUCAUAGUCUCAAGUACCCAAGAGGCAAUAGGGCAAAUCUGUCUAUUUCUGAUGUCACCGGAAUUGUUAUCUUUAUUCAUUACUAUCUUCUUCCAGCUAUAGCCACAGAUGUGUGUUUUCUGUGCUAAAGAGUCAUGUGUGAAGAUAAUGCAAAUUCUGCACUAGGAAAACCUCAAUUCUGCAACCUCUAUCAAAUAUGUAAAUUAGGCACAGUCACAGUAAUCUCCUAUUUUGAAUCAUUUUGCCAUUUAAAAAAAACUAUUUUUGCAAAACUUAUUCUGGUUUGGCUAGCAGUUGGACCAAGGAGCUGAGCAGGGACUGAAUCCCUGCCACACGGCUGAGGAGACUCUUAUUCAGCAGCUCUCUGGCUCCUGAUAUUUUGGCAAGCAUUGCUCAUACAAACCAAGCAUUUAUCUCCUGGAAUCCUAAGGACUAGGACCUUUUUUAAAAAAAAUAAAAGCUGAAAGCUGAGGUUCUCAGGAAACUUAAUUCUACAUCCAGUACCAUAUUAUGUGGAGUCUCUGUGCUCCUGCAGAAUCAUGGAACACACAGAGCCCUGUCUAUAGCCUCUUUGAUGCAACAAACAAGCAAAACCACCAUUUAUUUUGUUGAAUAAGAAUAAUUUACUCCUCUACUGCUUAGUAGUGCUGGCUGUAAUUUAGCCAUUCUGAACUUCCCCAGGCUCUAGCUAGCAGACAUGCGGACUAAAUUUCUCCUGAGAAGUCCUAUUGAAAUUAAGUAGCCCUUUAAAGUAACUCCUAUGCAGUAUUAUUGAGUAGGGAUGUGCCGAAGCAUGAUUCGGUAUCCGAAUCACCAGCACAAUCCUUUUAAAAAUGAGGACUUCUACAGCCCCUUUAACAAGUAGGAGAGCAGGUCCAUACUUGCUCCUCCUUUCACUCACCACCACUUCUGUAAUCCUGAUGCUCCUCCCGGAUAUCUUCGCAUGCUGGCGGGGCGUCUCCCAGCUGCCCCUGCACACAACACCAGCAUGCACAUGGCCUCCACGCAUGUGCAGCGGCCAUGUGGGCAGCUGGGAGAUGCCCCACCAACGAGCGAAGGUAUCUAGGAGGCGUCCCUGGAUUACAGAAGUGGUGUGAAAGGAGGAGCAGAUAUGGACCUGCUCUCCUCCUUUUUAAAGGGGCUGUAGAAGCCCUCAUUUUUAAAGGGAUUGUGCCCUUGGUUAGGAUGCACCCUGGUUGCAUAUGAAUGGGGGACUAGAAGUGUGAGCUCUGUAAGAUAUUCCCCUCAGGGGAUGGAGCUGCUCUGGGAAGAGCAUCUAGGUUCCACAUUCGCUCCCUGGCAGCAUCUCCAAGAUAGGGCUGAGAGAGACUCCUGCCUGCAACCUUAGAGAAGCCUCUGCCAGUCUGUGUAGACAAUACUGAGCUAGAUGGACCAAUGGUCUGACUCCGUAUAUGGCAGCUUCCUAUGUGAACUUGAGUCUAGUCGGAGGGCUAUAGGCCACCUCCUGCCUCAAGGGCGGGGUGCCUCUGAGUACCAGUUGCAGGGGAGUAAUGGCAGGUGAGAGGGCAUGCCCUCAACUCCUGACUGUAGGCUCCCAAUGGCAUUUGGUGGGCCACUGUGUGAAACAGGAUGCUGGACUAGAUGGGCCUUGGGCCUGAUCCAGCAGGGCUGUUCUUAUGUUCUUAUGAGUCCCCACCCACCCUUGGCCAUUGAGGCUGGAGGUGAUGGGAGUUGUAGUCCUACAACAUCUACGGACUCAAGUUUGAGAAUCCCUGGUUUAGCUGGGUUUUAAUGGCAGCCCUAGCUUUGGUGUGACCUGCGUUUUAGAGGCAUCAUUUGGGAGCAUUGAUGUUUUUAAGGACUUCUCCAUUCCACCUGAAACUGCUGGCGUGAGCUUGUGUUUCCUUUAAGCUUUUCCUCACCCUGGCUAGCUUUUUCCUGCCUUUUGUGUUCAAUAUGUAUCUGUCUUUCUGAGGAUUCUAAAUGUACAUACCCCCUCUUUCUACUAGUUAUGUCAGUCCAGUUUAUAGCCCUGCUGGUUUCCUGUUUUUUGACUAAAUUGCUGUACCACAUGACCCGAACGUGUGCUGUCGUUAGUGAGUGUAAAUGUUACCAAAAAGAAUUCCAACAUGCUA